AUGUGCACAACACGCUGUGCCGCCGCUGCCGCCGCCGCUGCUGCUGCUGCUGUUGUAGUCACGAUAAGCGCUCAGCUCAGCCAGCAUCAGUAUCCCCGUGAUGACAGUCAAAUUCGACGAUAUCGCACCGCUUUCUCCCGAGAACAAAUUGGACGACUCGAACGUGAAUUUGCAAAAGAGAACUACGUCUCACGAAAAACCAGAGGGGAACUGGCGGCGGAAUUGAAUCUUCCCGAAGGAACCAUUAAAGUUUGGUUUCAAAAUCGACGAAUGAAGGACAAACGACAAAAAGUAGGCGGAAUCGCAUGGCCGUUAAUUCCACCACAACUCGCCUACCUUAUGCAUCCAUUCAGUUACGAUAUGUGGGCGAAAACAGCGUUCACAUAUCCACCAAGCCCGAUGAUGCCGCAACGAGUCCCUACAAUCCCAUUCCCGAUCCCAAACGAAGCGUUGAAAACUUCUACGGAAGAGAAAUGCGAUGAGGUGAAGCCAAUAACAAUCGCCACCGCUCUCGAGCUGACCACUUCCGCCAACGCAUCAACGGAAACAGCAUAA